UUUUGUUUCUCACGAUCUCAAAUCCCCAAUCCCUAACAAAAAAAUCCCCAAAAUACGAUACUAUAGGGAGAGAAAUGGAGAGAGAGAAAGAGAGAGUUGAUCGGAGAUUCAAAAAUGGCGAACUAUCACUUCGUGUACAAGGACGUGGAAGGAGUUUCGACUCAAUGGGACGAUAUUCAGAAAAAAAUUGGGAAACCUCCCUCCGAAGCCCCCUGCAUUCAAGCCCCCAUCCUUCAAGCCCACCGAGGACGAAGACUCUAAACACAAAGACAAAGCCCGCCACCGCGAGUGCGACUACCACCGAUGACUACGACUAUCUGUCGGUCUUAUUUCAGUUGGGGUUCAGUAUGAUAAGAUAAAGAAUUCAUUGCGUGCUCUUUGGACUUGCUCUCUGGACUUGUUGAAGGUCUUGGUAGUGGGAUAGAGAGUUUGGAUACGUGAUGAUAUUGAGGAGGAUGCCUUCCGAGGUCUAUGUGCCAUGGUUUCUCCCUGGCAUGAUAUACCAUUACACUUAGGUGAUGGUGUUUUUAAUUUCAUUGUUGAAAUACCCAAAGAAACAAGUGCAAAGAUGGAGGUUGCUACUGACGAGUCAUACACUCCCAUAAAGCAAUAUACAAAGAAAGGAAAACUUCGAUAUUAUCCUUACAAUAUAAAUUGGAAUUAUGGAUUGUUUCCACAAAUGUGGGAAGACCCAUCAUUUGCAAACUCUGAAGUUGAGGGGGCACUUGGAGAUAACGAUCCAGUUGAUGUUGUUGAGAUUGGUCAAACUCGUGGAAAGAUAGGACAGAUUAUGAAGGUCAAGCCAUUAGCUGCCUUGGCAAUGCUUGAUGAAGGGGAACUUGACUGGAAAAUAGUUGCAAUUUCAUUGGAUGAUCCAAGAGCUUCACUUGUUAAUGAUAUUGACGACGUGGACAAGCAUUUGCCGUCAGAGACUGGUUCAGAGACUAAACGAUCCCUGAUGGAAAACCUACAAACAAAUUUGGUCUUGGCAACAAGGCAGCAAACAAGGUAUUAUGAUUUCUAUGCUUCAAUCAAUCUACAUUGUUUAGAUGCAGUUCUAACCAUCUUGAAGGGUGUUUGA